AUGCUAGGGAACUUGGAUAAGGGUGAGAAGAUUGCUUCCUCGUUCCGCCCUUUCUCCUCGUUCCGCCCUUUCUCCUCGUUUCGCCCUUUCUCCUCGUUCCGCCCUUUCUCCUCGUUCCGCCCUUUCUCCUCGUUCCGCCCUUUCUCCUCGUCCCGCCCUUUCUCCUCGUUCCGCCCUUUCUCCUCGUUCCGCCCUUUCUCCUCGUUCCGUCCUUUCUCCACGUUCCGCCCUUUCUCCUCGUUCCGCCCUUUCUCCUCGUUCCGCCCUUUCUCCACGUUCCGCCCUUUCUCCUCGUUCCGCCCUUUCUCCUCGUUCCGCCCUUUCUCCUCGUUCCGCCCUUUCUCCUCGUUCCGCCCUUUCUCCUCGUUCCGCCCUUUCUCCUCGUUCCGCCCUUUCUCCUCGUUCCGCCCUUUCUCCUCGUUCCGCCCUUUCUCCUCAUUCCGCCCUUUCUCCUCGUUCCGCCCUUUCUCCUCAUUCCGCCCUUUCUCCUCGUUGCGCCCUUUCUCCUCGUUGCGCCCUUUCUCCUCAUUCCGCCCUUCCUCCCCAUCCCCCACUGUUCACCCCACGGUUUCCCCAUCCCUUACUAUUCACCCUCCGCUCCCCACGCGCACCAUCCCCCACUUAUCCCUUGUAUUCACCUCCCCCCACUGCUCCCCUCUAUUCACCUUCCCGCACCUCUGCACUCGUCGUUCCCUCCCUUGCUCUGCACUCGUCGUUCCCUCCCUUGCUCUGCACUCGUCGUUCCCUCCCUUGCUCUGCACUCGUCGUUCCCUCCCUUGCUCUGCACUCGUCGUUCCCUCCCUUGCUCUGCACUCGUCGUUCCCUCCCUUGCUCUGCACUCGUCGUUCCCUCCCUUGCUCUGCACUCGUCGUUCCCUCCCUUGCUCUGCACUCGUCGUUCCCUCCCUUGCUCUGCACUCCUCACAACACAUGCGUGCCAUCCCGCCAGUCCCUCACUCACACCACACUUGCCAUCCCGCCAACCCCUAUGCUAAAACCUCUCCUCUCCUCUGUUCACCUCCUCUCCUCCCCUCUGUUCAACUCCUCUCCUCCCCUCUCUUCACCUCCUCUCCUCCCCUCUCUUCACCUCCUCUCCUCCCGUGGUCUGUUCAACUCCUCUCCUCCCCUCUGUUCACCUCCUAUCCUCCCCUCUGUUCACCUCCUCUCCUCCCCUCUGUUCACCUCCUAUCCUCCCCUCUGUUCACCGCCUCUCUGUUCCUCUGUUCACCUCCUCUCCUCCCCUCUGUUCACCUCCUCUCCUCCCCUCUGUUCACCUCCUCUCCUCCCCUCUGUUCACCUCCUCUCCUCCCCUCUGUUCACCUCCUCUCCUCCCCUCUGUUCACCUCCUCUCCUCCCCUCUGUUCACCUCCUCUCCUCCCCACCACUUGCCACCUCUGCCACAAUUUCAGAACCCGCCACACGCCAUCCCCUCGCACCGGCCAUCCCGCCAUCCGUCCCUCCUCCCCACCCCACCCCACCGCACCCCACCUGUGCAGGUGGCAUUCUCUCCCUUUCUUCUCUCUCUUCUCUCAAACGGUCCUUCGUGGUAAAGGACGGGCUGGGCUAUGCAGCCGAGGUCACGCCCUCCCAGUUCAACAUUCACGUCACACAACCACACUCUCUCCCUCUCUUUCCCCCCUCUCUUCCCUCUCUCCCUCCCUCCCUUUCUCUCUUCCCUCUCUCGCUUCCCUCCCUCUCUUCCCUCUCUCCCUCCCUUUCUCUCUUCCCUCUCUCGCUUCCCUCCCUCUCUUCCCUCUCUCUUCCCUCUCUCGCUUCCCUCCCUCUCUUCCCUCUCUCCCUCCCUUUCUCUCUUCCCUCUCUCGCUUCCCUCCCUCUCUUCCCUCUCUCCCUCUCUUCCCUCUCUCUCUCUCUCUCUUUCUCUCUUCCCUCUCUCGCUUCCCUCCCUCUCUUCCCUCUCUCCCUUCCUUUCUCUCUUCCCUCUCUCGCUUCCCUCCCUCUCUUCCCUCUCUCCCUCCCUUUCUCUCUUCCCUCUCUCGCUUCCCUCCCUCUCUUCCCUCUCUCCCUCCUGCAGGCAAUGCUGUACGCGGUGGGGCUGGGAAAAGGCGCCAUCCCAGCAGCAGCCGCGGUCAACUGGGCAAUGCUGUACGCAGUGGGGCUGGGCAAGGGCGCCAUCCCAGCAGCAGCCGCGGUCAACUGGGUCCUAAAAGACGGGCUGGGCUACGCUGCAAAAGUCACGCUCUCCCAGUUCGGCCGCCAUUUCGACGUCUCCCCCAAGCGCUCGCGCCUGCUCUCCGACCUCGUUGAGAACCUCUCCGCCUCCCUCGAGCUCCUCACAGCCACCUUCCCGCAGUACUUCGUCCAGCUGGCCGCUGCAGCCGGGGCAGGGUUCUCUGCUUCCAGCCUCGUGCAGAGUGCCACGAGAAACCGGUUUUACGCCGGGCUGGCAGGCAGAAGAAAUUUCGCCGAGGUGCUAGCACGCGCAGAGGCACAGGGCAUGGUGAGCAAGACAUUGGGGAUGGCACUAGGCAUCGUCGUUGCUCCUCACGUGGGCACCCGGGGCCCUCUACUGUGGGCAACUCAUGGCCUGCUGUCCGCCGCCCACCUGUUUUGCAACUACCGCUCGUACAAGGCCGUUCAACUCAGGACGCUCAACCCCUUCAGAGCAGAUAUUGUCCUGGCAGAGUACGUGACCAAUGGCAGGGUGCCAGGUGUCAUCGAAGUCAACUCCCAGGAACCCAUUCUGCCGCCCCUCAAAUCGAUAUUUUCGCCCAAGGCGUCUCCUCCACCCCUUCCCGGCACAGGGAGUGAGAACUGGAUCGAAUUUGGGGUGCCCUUGGCCGCAGUGGCGCACACAGAGCGGGAGGCUGAGACCAUGGCUGAUAUAUUCCGAGGAGAGAAGUACCUGCUUGGGAGGGACGAGCGUACGGGGCAGAUGCAGGUAGUGUUGAAGGAGGGGGCACUCCCAAGGGAUUUCCUCAGAGCGGCCCUGCAAGCCGCCUACCUCCGCACCCUCUCUCCACACGUCCUCUGCCCCACCAUCCACUCUCUCGCACCCCAAGCGCGCACCCACGUCCAAGCCCGCGCAGCCGAAUUCGCUUCCUUGGGGAAGCUAGAGGUGCUGCAUGCUUCGUAUGACCGCAUGGCUGCGGGGUUUGAUGGGUUGUGUGAGGCGCUGAGAGCGAAUGGGUGGCGCUGUGACGAUGGCUUGUUGGCUCGGCCAGGAGACUGGCGACUGCUGCUGGCACCUGAGGAGAAGAGGAAAUGA